ACACUCUAUUCCUCUGUUUGCGGAAUUGUCUUCACCUCCUGAAGCCUACAAAUGGGAAAGUCUGCAGAACUUCUCUUAUUUUCAUUAGUAACUAUCUGUUCUACAGUCUGGAUGUCAGCUGAGCCUAUGAUGAGAAGCUAUGGGCCUGUCUUCGAAGAGCAGCCACACAAUGUCCUUUUUCCAGAACGGUCAACAGAGGAGCAAAUUUUGUUGGUGUGUCGAGCACGAGCGACUCCGCCUGCAAAUUAUAGGUGGAAGAUGAAUGGAACAGAGAUCAAAAUAGAGCCAGAUUCACGAUACAGGUUAAAUGGUGGCAACUUGGUAAUAAGAAAUCCAGUGAAAGCUAAAGAUGCUGGGUCCUACCAGUGCAUAGCAUCCAACUCAAUGGGCAAAGUAAUAAGUAGAGAAGCUUCUGUUCACUUCAGCUAUCUGCAGGAAUUCUCUACGGAAGAAAGAGAUCCAGUGCGUGCUACGGAGGGCUGGGGGGUGAUGUUGACCUGCAGCCCACCACCACACUAUCCAGGACUUGAAUAUCGCUGGUUUGUGAAUGAAUUCCCAAACUUCAUUCCAGCAGAUGGCAGGCACUUUGUCUCUCAGACAACCGGAAACCUUUACAUUGCUAAGACUGAGUCUUCUGAUCAUGGCAGCUACUCCUGUUUCGCUACCGGCCAUAUUGGCUCUGUUAAAAGGAAUGUUUUUAGCACGUCUUCUCAACUCAUUCUUGUGAGAGAAGAUACCAGACCUCAUGCCCCAAUCAUUAAAGCCAAGUUUCCUUCUGAUACCUACGCUCUGACUGGACAAAUGGUGGCUUUGGAGUGUUUUGCCUUUGGGAACCCUGUCCCUCAAAUAAAAUGGCGAAAGGUAGAUGGUAGCCAGUCCUCCAGAUGGAUCUCAACUGAACCUGUCCUGCAGUUUCAAGAGGCUGGCUUUGACGAUGAAGGCACUUAUGAGUGUGAAGCUGAGAAUGGCCAAGGAAAAGACACUUUCAAGGGCCGCCUCAUUAUCCAAGCUCAGCCAGAAUGGCUAAAAGUCAUCACAGACAAAGAAGCUGAUAUUGGAUCAAAUAUCCACUGGAGCUGUGCUGCAGCUGGCAAACCAAGGCCUACAUUAAUGUGGCUACGGAAUGGGCAACCAUUAACUUCCCAGAAUCGCAUUGAAGUGAAUGGUGGAAAUUUAAAGAUAUCAAAGUUAACAGUGGAAGACUCAGGGAUGUACCAGUGUAUAGGAGAGAACAAACAUGGCAAAAUCUAUGCAAGUGCAGAAUUGUAUGUCCAAGCCUUUGCUCCAGAUUUUCGACUAAACCCUGUUAGACAAUUGAUACCAGCAGCUCGAGGUGGAGAAAUUAUUAUUCACUGUCAGCCCAGAGCUGCCCCAAAGGCUCUAAUACUUUGGACCAAAGGCACUGAACUGCUGAGGAACAGUUCCAGCAUAACUAUUACUCCAGAUGGCACCCUGAUCAUUCAAAAUAUUAGCAAGCCCGAUGAAGGGAAAUACACUUGCUUUGCUGAGAAUUUCAUGGGCAAAGCAAACAGCACAGGAAUUCUGUCAGUCCGUGAUGCUACUAAAAUCACUCUUGCACCAUCCAGUGCUGACAUCAACUUAGGUGAAGAUAUUACCCUCCAGUGCCAUGCCGCCCAUGACCCAACAAUGGACCUCACUUUUACUUGGUCCCUGGAUGACAUUUUAAUUGACUUCAGCAAGUCUGAAGGCCAUUACAAACGAGCUAGUAGAAAAGAGAAUAUUGGAGAUCUUGUGGUCUUGAAUGCUCAACUGAAACAUGCUGGCCGAUAUACUUGCACAGCCCAGACAGUGGUGGACAGUGCCUCUGAAUCAGCUAUGCUAGUUGUAAGAGGUCCUCCAGGCCCUCCUGGGGGAUUGGUGGUGAGAGACAUCAAGGACACCACAGUACAGCUAAGUUGGAGUCAAGGUUCUGCUAACCACAGCCCCAUAGCUAAAUAUGUCAUCCAGGCCCGCACCCCACUCUUUCCACAAUGGAAGCAAAUGCGUACCAAUCCCAUAAAUAUCGAAGGCAAUGCAGAAACAGCCCAAGUUGUCAACCUUAUACCAUGGAUGGAUUAUGAAUUCCGUGUCCAGGCUAGCAACAUCCUUGGUAGUGGAGAGCCCAGUGGGCCAUCUACUAAAAUUCGAACCAAAGAAGCUGCCCCUACUGUUGCACCAUCAGGACUUAGUGGAGGAGGAGGAGCACCAGGGGAACUCAUUAUCAAUUGGACACCGAUGCAACGAGAAUACCAAAAUGGAGAUGAUUUUGGAUAUAGGCUUUAUUUCCGGAAAGAAGAUACCCAGUCCUGGAAGAUUGCAACUGUGCCUCAUGCAGAAUCCGUACAUUAUGUUUUCCGCAAUGAGAGCAUUGCUCCCUAUACACCAUUUGAAGUGAAGAUCAAGGCCUUCAAUAGGAAGGGAGAGGGCCCAGAAAGCCUAGUAUCUAUUGUGCAUUCUGCAGAAGAAGAACCAAGAGUGGCUCCCUCUAACGUUACAGUCAAGGCAGUAAUGGCCACAGAAAUGGAUGUUUCCUGGAAUUCUGUGGAACAUCAUGAUAUGAACGGAGUCCUCUUGGGUUAUGAGAUCCGAUACUGGAAACAUGGUGACAAAGAAGAAGCUGCUGACAGAGUAAGAACAGCAGGUCUUGUCAACUUGGCACAUGUGACUGACCUCCAUCCCAAUACAAAUUACCAUGUGUCAGUCAGAGCAUACAAUGGGGCAGGAACUGGGCCAGCAAGCUCCCCCACGAGUUUCUGGACAAAAAAGCCACCACCAAAAAUGCUGCCUGGCAACAUUACCUGGACAUUUUCCAGCUCCAGCGUAAGCAUUAAGUGGGAUCCUGUGAUUGCCAAAGCAGAUGAAUCUGUUGUCACUGGUUACAAGAUGCUGUAUCAUCCUGAUAUACACUCAGCUCCUGUUCUAUACAUAGCCAAUAAUAAUUGGAUUGAGAUCCCAAUCCAAGAAGAUUCAACUCAUGCAUUGGUGCAAAUUAGGACAACAGGCCCAGGUGGAGAUGGUGAUCCAGCAGAUGUACACAUUCUGAGGAACAGUGGCACAAGUAUGAUGGUGGACAAUUCUUCAGGUCACCCAGUGCUUCAUACAAUGGUUGCGCUAACUCAUGCAUUAAUAAUGUUUGCCCUGAUUGGCUCCUCGGAGCUCUGAUAUUAACCACUAAAGUGGAAAGUUAUUACAUAAAAUUUUUCAUAAUCUAGCAAAUCCACAGUUCACCAUUUGGACUACAAAUUUCUACCACAACUAUCUAAUUAUAGACAGUACUUAGUGGAAAAGAACUUGAGAAGAAAAUAUACUUUUUUCUUUCUUUUUUAAAGAAUGUAUAACAUUUCAUACAAGACCUGAGUCUUUGAUCAAUCAGAUUUUUUAAAACUGACAAAACAAGAGGUGAUUUCUGGAAACUGGAUGUGUCUUUCAUAUUACUGUAUUCAGUAGAUUUUUCUGCCUUACAAAGCCAUGUGCAAAAGUAAUGACACUUAAAACUUGAUCUUUUUUUUAAAGUACAAGAAACAAAGGACAAAUGAGAAUAAAUGCAUAUCUUCCAAGAGAAGAUGUCUCAAAGGAUGAGCAUGUUCUGUAUCAUUCCCAACUGCAGCCAGUAUCGUGCCAAGGAAUCCAGUAUUUCAUGUUCAAAUGGAACUUAUUGAGGGGCAAUAUUGUCUCAAUAAACUUUUUUCAAGGCAUCUGGCUGGAGGAGACAAGCCAAUAGAAACUGUCAGAUAUCUCACACUGCACAGACUUUUGAUGAACAAAAAAAUGUUAAAUCUAGUUUGCUGAAAGUGGGAUAUUGAUGGCUCGCUGGUGAAACCAAAAAGUAAUAAUAAUUUGCCUUGUACUUUGGCUUUUACUUUGCAUUUCCUGUGAUCAUUCAUCUGUGAUUCUUGAAGAGGUACAUUAUUUAUGCGUUCAGACUCAAAAACAGUUCAUUGGUUAUUGCAUUUUCUUAUGGUUUCUCAAUAGUGGGAGUUUUAUGGCAGUAAGGAACGCUUUGGAAAUGGAUCAUAAAGACAUUUGAACAAGGAACUCUUACUCCCCCUUGUCAGGAGAUACAUGGUAUCAUUUAUCCAAAGUUCCUCAACCCAAUUUUAAGGUGAAAAAAAUUGAGUUGACAUGGUAGUUAAAAACAAUGAUUAACACUUUAACUUGAGUUUAAUUUUGCCAAACGACAGUAUUAAUUUUUCAGAUUGUUCUUCAGAAAUUUAAUUUUGCUAGCAAUGGAUUUAUCUGCUCAGUUGUUUUUGGCAUAAAUUAUAUAAGGAAGGGGAGAUUCCCAAUAUCAGUCUUGAAAUACUACUAUACUUUUCUAAAACACCAUCCUGCUUUCCUGAAUUCAGCAGAAUAGACUGCUGAAUUUUUUUCUGAAUGGAAAUUUUCCAACUACAGCAAAACCUUGAUGUAGCAAACCAUUUGGCAAGGCAGGGGUAUCCUUUACCCAUGCAUGUUUGUUAAAUCUGAAUGUACAUUAUUUGAAUCAAUUUAUGACAGUUUAUAAUAUUUCAUAAUUAUAUGUUAAGUAAUGGGAAUAAAUUGAUAGAAUGAUGUAAAAUGACAGUAGUUAUAAAUGUAAGUGAAUUUAGCAGACUGCUUCAGAUAGACUUAAUGGACUUAAUCUGCUUUGGAGAGAUGUUUGGAUGUUUGCAAAUUUAAAGUUUGUUAAGUCCAUUAAAUCGAGGUUUUACUGUACAAAGAAGCUUCCUUUGUCUUUUCCCUUAUCAAAUCUUACGUGUAAUAAAGGAACUGAAGGCUUAAUGUUCCACAUUUCUAUUUAGGAUAAGGUCCUAUUAUAUAUUCACAACUACAUUUCCAAGGACUGUUUGGCCCUCAGAACAACCAUAAUUACCUAAUAAUAGCCAAAGCUCAGUGUGGUGUUGCCCAUCAUUUUUAAAUGUGAAGCAAUGGAAAACAUAGGGUCAACCCUAGACAAGAUUUUUAAAAUAUAAUUCUCUAAAUUAUAUGCAGAAAAUUUUAUAAAGAGAAAGAUCGAGGAAAAAGUAGAAGUUUGAACUUUGAACACAUCCUUUUCUGCACAUUCAUCCUUUCUCAUAUGCAGCUUCUUGUCACUAGAAAAUUACCAAACAUUAACAUAAAAGAUGCAUUCUGUAGAUGAGGAAGAUUAUGUGCCAUCUGGCCAUUAUCAACUCUUACUGGCAACAGUUUUCUCCAGGAGGAACUUGUCCUAUCCUGGUCCUUCAGCUUUUCCAACAGUGCACUUUGCUCUCUUCAUUUUCUUCUUCUCUUUCCUUCCACCUUUCCCAGUAUUAGCGCCUUCUUCAGAGAUCUGGGUGUUAACAUAAUAUGUCUGAAGUAGGACAGUUUGAGCCUGGAUUAAUUGAUUUGUUUGAUGACACAUUGAUUUGUUUUCCUGGCUGCCUACAAUAUAAUGAGGCAUCUUUUCCCACAUCAAAGCUCAAAAGCGUCAAUACUUUUGCUAGCUUGCUUCUUCAAAGUCCAACUUUUACUUCCAUAUAGAAUCAUAGGUAAUACCAUGGCUUGCAUGAUUUUGAUCAUUGUAGAUAUAGGCAUAUCAAGCAUUUGAAUACCUUUUCAAAUCUGCUAUGAAUGUUCUGCAAAGUGCUAGUCUGUGGCAUAUUUCUGGACUGUUUCUUUAUUUUGAUGGUUGAUCUUAAAAAGCAGAAAUUAUCCACCACUUUGUUAUCUUCGUUGUCAAUAAGACUAACUGGUCUAUUUAUUGUAUUUGAUUGCAUUUAUUUAUAUUUUAUUGUAGUCUCAUUUUUCACUGUUCUCCUUGACUUUUAUUACUAGGUCUUGCAAAUCCUUUGCAUUUUGGCUAUUAUUAUCAGCAUAGCACUGAUUAUUGAUGUUUCUUCCACCAGUUUUGAAUGUUAAUCUUCUUCUUAUCUAGCUGCUUAAUAUAUAUUUAGCUUAUAGGUUAAAUAAAGAAGGGAAUACAUACAGCCUUGUUGCAUUUAGUUGUCAACCUGGAGCCAGUCUGUUCCACUAUAUUCUGGCUGUACUGUGUCUUCCUGAUCUUUCCAUAAGUUUCUCAUGAGAAUAAGAUGUUGUGAGGGCCGCAUUUUUCUUAGCACUUUCUACAACUUGCUGUGACCAACACCAUCAAAGGUUUUCUAUGAAGCACAUUGUGACUUCUUUUUGGUAUUCUUUGGCUUUCUCAAUUCUGCAGCAUGAAUCAGCAAUAAUGUUCCUUGGUCUUUUCUAAAACCAGCUUGGACAUCUUUUUCAGUGUAGGGCUCGAAUCUACAACAAAUGAUCCUAAGCACUAUUUUGUUAGCAUGUGAAAUUAAUGAUAUUGUAUGAUAGUAUGCACUCUUUGUUAAGUCUCCCUUUUUUGGUAUUGGAAUGCAAAUUGACUUAUUCUAGUCUAUUGGCCAUGUUCAGGGUUUUUCCAGAUACACAUUUUCUAUUCCCGUUCUUUCUCUGGGAACAUCUUUUAUUUUCUGUUAUUAAAAACUAGAAUUCAUAAGAUACCCAUAGGGCAAUCCAAGUAGAAUUCCUCAUGACUAAAACUGAUUGUUCAUAUUAUAAAGUAGCAAACUAUUAUUCCCUUGUUUCUAAUAAUCUUCUAAUGCCUCACUAAACUGAGAGCUUAAAGGGCGGUUGGUAAAAAUCCUACCUUAGUUUUGGAUUUUGAUGUGCUUGGGGAGUAUUACAUAUCUAUGCCAUUAUAUAUCUUGUUAUCUUAUGCAUUGGCUGGCAGCAUGAGGGCAGCAACUCAUUCAGUUAAGAAUAUCUUAAGCAUAAUUAUAAUAGCUUGUGCUAUUUUGCCAAGUUCUGGCUUUCAAUUUCAAGGAGAACAUUUAGCUCCAUUAGAAAGCCUGCUCAUGCCCCACUUUUUAAAAUAUUGACUUUGGCCCACAGUCACUCAGCUACUGUUACUGCACCAUGAAUGUAGGACACCUAUUUUUUCAAGGUAGGCUUGAAAAGGUAAGAAUAUCGACAAGCCAGCCAAGGUAAGAGGUGAAGUGGUGGUAUGCAGUUCUUCAUACCUAGAAUGAGAUACUUCAUAUGUGCCUGCAUGUGCAUUUCCAGUACCUAAGAAUGUAGGAAAUAUUUCCUUCUGUUUGAGGGAGAGAAAAAAGAUACAAGCACUUCAAGAAAGGAAGGGGAAAAUUGAUCAUGGCUCACUGGCCUCAUGUUUAUUCAGAUUCUUAGUUUUUGCCAGCAAGCUAGCCUCCAGGCUGGUGCUAUAAUAACAAGCCCAGCAUUAAUAGCACAUUGACGAGAGUACCAAAUUGAUACCUAAUGCUCCCUCAAACACCAUUUCAAUAGCUAUACUUUCUUCAACCUAUACAAAUUAAGAGUUAUUCCAUUUUACUACAACCUCACCAUAUUUUGAAAAAAAAAAUAGUUGAUCUAAAAUAACCCCACCCGCAUAUAUUCAGAUUUUUUCAAAAACGUUAGAGAAAUUGUUUAUUUUGACACAAAACGCUGAGAGUUUAGCAAAGAAUCUUGCCCCUUAUUACAGUAACAUCCUAACAUGGUAAUAUAUAUAUUGUUUUGACAUUUCAGACAUUUUCCAGAAUUGGAAUUUGCCUCUCCUGCCUAUUAAUCUUCAGAAACUAUAAAUAAAUAAAUCAUGGAGUAUAAGAUGAUAGAGGUGUUAUAAUUGGGGUGUAAUUAUGAGGCUAUCAAGUUAUGUAAAACACUGCUGAAUCUAAGAAACAGUUCAAUUCACUAUUCCAUACCCCUACUAUUAGCAUAUAAGAAACAGCUUGCUGAUUCAGAUCAAGGUCCAUCUUAAUUCAAUAUUUUGUUUUCAUGAUGGCCAAUUAGAUACCUGGUAAGAUAGUUUCUCACAAAUAGCAGAUGAGAUAUGCCCUUCUCCUAGAGUUGUUUCCCCUGCAGAAUUCAUAGACGAAUCUUUCAAUCACUCUUAAUUUUUAAAAACUCAAGGUUACUUUUCAGAUGUGGGGGGGGGCAUUGAAAGAUCUGUCCAUCAUGAAUGUAUGCAAUACUUUUUAAAGGCUAUCCAAAAUAGUGGUCAUCAUCACACUUUAUGGAGAUUGUCUGACUAGCAACAACUCACUGGUGAUGUGAAGCAUUCUGCUAGGCCUUCAAUUUAAAAAGUUUUCAUAAACUAGAAACAACUGAGAAUUAAUUUGAGAUUUCAUGCAGGUGCCCUAUCACAAAAUAUGAUCACUUCAGAGCCAUCAUCAAUAACUCUGCCCUGCAGAUUAAGAAACCAAGAUUAAAAUAGACUUUAGCCAAAAUUCAGUCUGGGAAUUUAAAUGUUUUUAACCUAACAGUCAUAUCUUGAACCUGUCAAAUGCGUUAAUAUCUCUGCCAUAUAGUUAUAGAUUGCAGUCCAGAGGCAUAAAUGCAAAGAAAAAAGGGCAAAACUUAUAAAUUAAGCAGAGGUAGCAGAAUUCAGAAGUUCUCUCCUUUCACUGUAAAAUGUGAAACACUCUGAAAUGAUAGGCCAUUCAUUCACUAUUUUAUAAGAAAGCAGAUGCUUCAUUGCAAGGAGUUUACAUCUGUCUUCCCUGGGCAUCAAAAUGGUUUUUGAUGUCCAGGGUUCAGAUUUUUAAAAAGGGGAAAUGCAAAAUAGUCCAGUUCCUAGUAAUGCUAAUGAUUAUUUAUUUUCAUCAAAAAAAUUCUGUUUGAAUAACAUGAAAAUUAAAGAAACACAGAAUAAGUUAUCUAGUGUUAUGUAUUAGUAUUUUACCAAUAUUUUUCUACUUGUAUUUUGUUCAAGAAGUCCUGUUGUCAUCCAACUCUGUUGUGUUUGGUACAGUAGAGCUUUGCCACUUUUCAAGAACAUGAAAAAGGUUUUCCUUGCUUGUAAAGGAGAUACAUAUGAAUGUAUGUACAUAUGAAUAAUAGGAGGAGAUGUGCUCUAAUCCUGGCUUUAAAAAUGCUAAGUUUUCAGAUAUUUGUAUAAUGUUCCUUCGCUUAUUAUCUUAUGAGGGUAUAUGGAAUGCUCUUGUCUCUCUUCCAUGUAAGGGAUCAAUAAAAAAAAAUUAGAUCAACUUUUUCUGAUAUAAAUAAAAUAGUAUUCUCCAUUUAGAAACUUCCUCCUUGAGAGCUAAUGGAGUAUAACAAUAAGAGCCGUGGUGGCGCAGUGGUUGGAAUGCAGUACUGCAGGCUAUUUCUGCUGUCUACUGGCUGAC